AUGAAGAAGAUCAAUUUGAUACUGAGGAAAUGCAAGACAUUGUCAAGGCAACUCACAAGAACAUCAUCGUACAGUAGCUUGCGGUCCAAGUCAACUAAAGAAGAAAAAUGGGGUUCUGCAACUGACAUGCAAGAUCAUGAUUAUGAAACAAUUUUUGUGGGGAGUACAAGAAAAAGAUAUAUGAUAAGUACCAAGUACUUAAAUCAUCCUCUAUUGAAUGCUCUCAUUGAAAAAUCGAAGCAGAACCCAGACGGAAAUCUCUCUGUCAAAUGUGAGGUGGUUCUGUUCGAUCAUCUUCUGUGGAUGCUUGAUAAUGCUGAACCUAAUCUCACUUCUGAUUCUUUGGAGGAAUUGGCAGAACUCUAUGUCUUCUAA